UGAACGCACUGCGCAUUCAGUGCCAACUACGACGAGCCCGCCACACGAUACAUCGAUACGAUAAAUCGGCAGUCAGUGUGUUCCGAGUGUGUGUGGGGAACGUGUUUUCGUUGCGGGACGGUCCUUUGUCUAGUAUUCCAUCAAAUUUCUCAUUAAUAUGAGCGCCCUCAAUGUCCUACUACAAGCAGCAGAAUAUAUAGAACGACGAGAGAGAGAAGCUGAACAUGGUUACGCCUCAACCGCGCGAAUUCCCGAUGAUCUCAGAAGUGCUUCAAAAAGGCCAAAGAAUAAAAAAUCUCAGGGCAAUAGGACAUCUCACAACGAACUGGAAAAAAAUAGGCGCGCACAUCUGCGAAACUGCUUAGAGAUACUUAAGGAAAUAGUACCGCUGGGUCCCGAAGCAUCUAGACACACAACACUAGGACUUUUAACGAAGGCUAAAAGGUUUAUUAAGAAUCUUGAAGACAAAGAACGUAAACACACAACGCACAAAGAACAGUUGAAUCGGGAACAGAGAUUUCUUAGGCGACGACUGGAACAGCUGUCUCAGAGUUAUGCGUUGUCAAAAAGACGCUCCCUGUCGGAGUGUUCAUCAUCAACGGUUUCCAGUAACCAUUCUACGGCAUCACUUUCGUCGGCGCCAUCACCUAUUUCCGAAUCGGACGAAGUGGACGUCAUCGGUUACACGAGCACCCAGAGUGACACCGACGACCACUCCAGCGUGCAGUCGACGUCCAGCGACAGCGGAGUGGCAAUGUCCACUAGCCGCCUUACGUUAUCGGAAAUGGACGUCAUGGACGUGCUGUAGACCGACGGACGGACCCCAAGCCCAGGCCGGGCCGCAGACGCAGACGCGCCUCCACCCAGUAUAUUAUUAUUUAAAUGCAGCCGCCUUGAAGAUGGCACCCGCGCGACGUGUCUGCCCUAGUCAACGAACACAUCUCUGUCUGUCUUGUCUGUCUGUCUGUCUCUAAGCCACCUCCAAAUUAUCAUCGUAUUCACAAUAUAAAUUAUUAUUUAUGUACAUUGUAAAUAUUUUAAAUCUAAAUCAGAGUAUGAAUAGUGUUAUUAUUAUACCGAGGCGACCUGACUGCCUGCGGGCCGCGCGCGCAUUUUCUUAUACCUCGUUCGUUCGACCCUUUUACACAUACUUAACCCACCCUUACUUAGUUAGUAACCAUUAACCCCUCAAGGCCAAGGAGGCCCACCGACGACCACAAGCAAAAAACACUUCUUUUUCCACUCCGUUCACUUUCGUAAUUUUAAACAAAAUCGCAUCACUUAUUUAAGAUUUUGACACGAAAUUAUAAAAUAAUAUAAAAAUAAGUUGUUAUGUUCCAGUGUCAGAUUGUUUGUUAAAUUCUUUAAAUUGAAAUCCGACCAUAAUUUCAAAAUGGUCUUUAUUAGUAGUUAUACUAACAGUUGUUGGGCGCUUGACUUCUAAAUUCGUUGAUUUUAGGACUAGUAGGUUAGGAAACGAAACUAAAUUCAAAAUCAUCAAAAGAAUUUUAAAUCGUUAGUCUGAAAACUUGAUAAUAGAAUAACUGCGCUCUCUGGCGAUAUUAACGGGGACGUUUUGUAGUUACGUCGUUUCGCCUCCUAACCUAUAGUAAUCCGUAGUCCCAACAUUACAAAAGUGAACGUCCACUACCCGAGAAUUGUAUUUUGUGUGCGGUCGUCUGCAGUGAAUUAAUUUAUCGGUAAUGGGUUGUUAUAUAGAUGAGCUCGGCCAGUUUGGGGCUCUAGAGAAGUCUGCAGCGCUCGCGUGCCCAUGCGUGCUCUCAGAGCACACUAAAUCAACUCCCCGGGGAGUAAAAACUUUAAUUAUAAUUUGUAAAAAGAACAAAUACUGUACAGUGUGUUUAAGAAAAAAAACAAACAAAACGGCGUGGACGGCGGGCCAUCCACACGUCAGAUCUCACGCCCGCCGUCGUCACUCCACUCACCAUCGGUUAGCAUUCAAAGAGUACAAAUUCUUUAUACGCUUCCGGCUUUGCUCCGGAGGCCUUAUAUUUUAUAAGCCGUGGACAGGUCGGGUGUCGGCCGCGACCCGUCUUCGCAAGAACUGAGCCUCUUUUCAUUAGGCGUGAAUGAGUUAAUAGGUGCGUGUUUGAGAGAUUGACAGGUGAUUGCACGGUGUUGUUAUACAAUAGUCCAGGAGGUGGUAGUUGUUCGCAAAAUUAAAGGCGAAAAAUUCACCACGUCUUGGAGGAAAUACAAUGUAAGCGACGAGGUGGAGUCCUCCAUGACUAUUAAUUAUACAGGCUGUCCCAGCGAGUUCAAAAAGACCACAGUUGGUCUUUGAAUAUCUGAAAAGUUAUUAUUUUUUCUUUAGCCCUACAUGCUAAGUCUCUGCAUCAUCUAAAAUUAUUUUUAUUCUUACAGGGGAAUUAGGUACAAUACAGUUUUUUUCUAAUUAUUAUUCUAGAGGAAAGUUCAAACUUUAAGGAUAUAAUUUUUUUAAUUAAGAAGUUUUUUGCAAGUUGAAUAACUUAAAAUUUUUGAAUGGAACACCCUAUUUUUUAUUUUCGUUUCUUAAGACUUAAAUUGUCUCUCUAGAACAUUAACAGCUAACUCUCUCAAAGUUUCUGCUAAAUAUUAAAAUUUUGUCAAUAUAAAAAGUCCAAAGAGUCACAAAACUAUAUCGAAAAAAGUAAAAAAGACAUUUUCAGACAAAUAGAACCAGUUACUUUAAAAUAAAGGCAAUUCAAAAAGCCAAAUUGAACUCAAAAAAAAACCUAAUAGGCAAAUAAACCCAAAAAUGUAAAAAUAUUUAGAACCUACACUUGUGAUGUUUUAUUUCGACUAAAAUUUUGGUGAAACUUAACAAAAAUAUGUGUCAGUUUAAAACACGAAAUUAUGUCAAAAAUGGGUCAAAAACACAUGAAAACAUCUCGAAAAUUAUUUUGGUGAUAUUUGAAACGCCUUUAAAAUUAUUUCAUAAAAUUGCGUCAAAAAUAAGCCACAAAUUCAGAAGUUUUCUUUCGGAAAAACUGGUUUUAGCAUGUUUUUCAAUUAGAAACGUAAUUAAUUUCAUCAUUAUCAGCUCAAAAAUGCUGUUAUUUUUCUUUUUUCUCACGUUUAAACGUAUUUUUUAUUUUAAAAAGCCGUUUUUUUUUGUGAAAAAUCACCAAAUUUUCGGGUGUUUGAUGGUUUGAGCCAAAAAAUCACCAAAAUUUGGCGAAAACGAUGUAGUUUUGUCCUUUCUCAAGCAUUUCACUUGGUUUUGAGCUAAAAACUUUCAGUUUCAUCGGGAAAAAUAUACCAAAAAUUGACAAAAAAUAUAUUACUUUUAACUUUUGCAAACCUUUUAACACGUCAUUUAAGUAAUAAAGCAAUUCACGAAAAAAAAACUUGUCAAAUGUACAACUAUGUAUUUAGAUAAACAAUUUAAUAAUAAUCUCUGAGAAGCAAAAACAAAAAAUAGUAAUAACUUUUUCAACUUUUAAAAAACAUUUUAGUAGUAGUUUUAUUAGUAUGUCCCUCCCUAACUACAAUUUGGUACAGAUUUAAGUUUGAACUUUCCCCUGUAAAUGGGUAAAGACCUGCUUUUCUAGGAUUCCUAGUUUUUGUUUAAUAUUUUUAAGCGUGUUUUACUCAAAAAAUGUAAAUUUAAAAAAAGAUAAGUUGGUGUUGUAGCUCAAUUCUGAAACACUGUAUAUUUGGAAAUAAUGUUAGGUCAUGCAGAGGUGUUAGUAUAUACGGCUUUCGUAAAAAAAUAUAAAUUUUUCAAUUAUUUAAAGGUCAAUUGGACUUUUUCAAGUCGUUGGGAGAGGCUGUAUUCACUUAUUUUUGUAACGUACUCGAGUUUUGAGAUAGUCUGUCCGAACUGUCGCGGCCGGCGACCGCGGCGCCAUCUCGUCGCACAUUUUCUAUAAAUGUCCGCUUCUCUUAGCCAACAGUUUGCAAAUCUAUAGGAUUCUUUCAAUGUCUGUUUACUUAUACAUCAAAAUGCUUUUUUGCAAAACGUAAUAAAUAUGAAUGUAUAUUACUGAUCACUUGUGUUAUAUCUGACUGACGUGGUGGCAGCAAUAUGAAUUGAUACAGUGUUGAAUAUUGCCACAUCCGAGUCGAUGAUACUGAAUGUCUAUACGUGUCUCUUAGAUAAGUUAGGGUGUAGGUAAUUCCCACCUUCAAGACAUCUUGCUGCUUUAUGUUUAGGACAGUCGCUUCCCUCCUACGGUAACGGUUCGCCACCCUGGAAAAUGCUCUCCCUUGUACCUGUCGGCACAAAUACGAUAUUUACCAUAACAGAUUGUCGAAUAACUGAUUGCCGUGGAUAUUUUUCAAAUGCACAAUCAUUUAGAACCAUUCCAUUUUGUGCCCAAUCCAUUUGAAAGGUGUACCGACUCGUUACCAAAACCUAGUUAUUAGAUCAGCACUCCUGUCACCUGCAUCAACUCUUCAUUGGCUGUAUGAGAUAAUUAAUUGUACAUAAAUACUUGUAACUAUUCAUAUUGCAUUGUUCUUAUGUUUUAUCAUUUUUUUUUUUUCAAUUCUAUACAAAUAAAAAUUUGUGUACUAUUA